UGGUAACGGGUUACGAAGCAGGACUGUUAGAAGAUAUCGGGUGGGACAUUGAUGGUGAAGUAUAUCGAUAUGGCAACGGCUUCAAUCGAAGAAAACAAAGAACUUUCAGAGGCAUUUGACGUUAUUCACGAAUAUCCAAGGAACCGCUGCGAGGAAAGCGACGAGAUCGUACAGGGAUUAACAGCUUUAUUUGAAAAUUUCAACAAGGAUUCGAAAGGAACACCCGAGAUUAUUCUUAAAUCGGUCACUUUGGCACGAGUGUUUAGUUUCCCAAAGAUAAGUCCUAAGAUUGCUCGCUCUCUACUCGUGGUUUUUCGUCAUGUCUGGAAAACUUACUCGGAUUUCUACAGUGUCCCUGAGCAUGCCACACUUAGCAGUAACCUGAAGGCAAAUGCCUUUGGCUUCCUGUGUAAACUAAAGGACUCGUUAAGUUGUCUGAUUUCGCUCAACGGAAACAACUCUGAUCCAAAACGGAUAUCAACUGCAUGUUCCGAAGUUCCACCAUGUGGCACAGGAAACGAAUUUCAUGCUGAAGUGCAGUCUGAGAUUCAGGAGUUGAAAAAACAGAAAAACAAAGAAAAAAGUGAAGAAACUGAAACUCGAUAUCAAGCAAUAGUUGAUCUCCUUGACUUGCACUGCAAUCUUGCAGUUUUGAAGGAAUUCGUUUUUCUUUAUAUAGUCAUUCUAUGCAUUGCAAAUGGAAAUUCGCAGAAUACUGCCGAGGGUUAUUUUAAGGUUAUUGAAGGUCAACGUAUGGACAGGGAUUCUACAUUGAAGAUACUUUUUGAACCAGAAGCUGAAUUCGCUGGUGUUUCUGCUGUAUUUAUGAACGGCGAUUGGCCGAUGUGAAAAAUGCUAAUCAAAAGGAGUCUUUCAUGUCAACUUGAAUACUUAAACAGAUUAGCUGGGGAAAAGGUCAUAAUAGUAUCUUCUGAGGAUAAAACGUUUGCAAUGUUUCGACAUCCAUCAGGAAAGAUCAUACCGUUCACACAGAAGAAAUAUCUACGUGUGUUCCAGGACAAGCGCACGCUGUUUAUCAUGGAAAAGGAAACUGAAGCGAACAAAACUUACUUCGUGAUUCGUCUUGAUAGGCAAAGGGAAAUGGCGUUAAUGAUCAAUGACAAUGCGAAAGGAAAUGCAAUGGUGGACACAAACGUGCCUGGCGAAAACGGCCAGUUCAACCUGGUGCAAUUGGCUAAUGACAACGUAAUGCUUUCAUGUGUGAAACAUCCCACACGCUUUGUUACUAUGACUAGCGCUAAAGAUGACGCCUGUCUUGAGACAAAGAACAGCGGAGCUGGUUUGAACAGUCAGUGGAGUAUAGUCGUGUUACAGAACAAAACAAUCGAGAAGCCAAUGAUAUCUGUCUUCUUAAAAUGCCUGUCCGACUGCAGGCAAAACACAUAAAUAGUUUCACUUCAAUUGUUGUACAAACAGUAACUUCAUCUUAAUUUCGUGUUAGCUAUCAGUGUAGCGUGACUUGACCAGGGUACACUGGUGUGACUAAGUAGCUCGGAUGGUCAGAGCCACAGUACUACGACCAGAAACCAGGGGUCGAAUCCUGGCCUAGCCCAGUUGGUUAGAGCCACAGUUGCAUUUGUACACUCGGAACACCAUCUAUAUUUUUUUCACCAUUAAUUUUAUUAAUGUUUCCCAUUAAUGUUUCACAAGUGAUGUUUUUCUUUUAAGAUUAGGUUUAUUAAAGCUGUACACAUGCCGGGAAAAGUAUCUGAUUUAGAGUUACUGUGUUAAGAGUCUGAAUAUGAGGACUAAUAUAAUAUCUCGCUCAUUUCGGGGUGAAAGGGAAAUCUCAGCCCGAGAGGAAAGAUUCCUGGGUUGCCAAACACGAGGCUUUGGCGAGUGUUUGGCAACUAAAGAAUCUUUUCCCGAGGGUCGAGAUUCCCCUAUCUCAUUCUUAAGGGGUGAAUGAUUCUUGUUUCUACUACCCUGUUCACCUAUUGUGUAUCAUAUAAAUAAUGUAGUGUUAAAGUUAAAGGCUACAUUUAGGGUUGACGUGACGUUGAUGAAUGGUUGACGUAAUGUCAUGUCCAGGGUAAGAGAACAUGGGAUCAAUGGUAAGUGCAUUAAGACAACAUGACUGUAACUGAACUAUAUAUUUUCAGUUAUACAAGUAUUAAAUGUUAUUUAACAGCGAACAAUAAAACCAAAAUAUUCCUUGUUAUGUCGUGUAAAGGUGUUUUAAUGACAUGCAUACCAAAAACGGCGACUGUCUUGAAGCAAAGAA